AUGGCCCCUGUUCUGGACGCUCCGCAGACGGUUGACUGGAUGGGCCAGUCGACGCCGGUGUGGCCGAUGCAGACCAUCGACUACGCUCUGCUGCUGUCGCAGGACCCGGGCGAGGUCGAGCGCGUGCUGCAGGCGUGCCUCGAGGAGGGCUACUUCUACCUGGACCUGUCGGGUCUCGACGGACGACGCACGCUGUCGGACCAUGCGGCCUUGCUGGCACUCAUGAAGCGCUUCUUUGCGGCCCCGAUCGAGGCGAAGAACGAGUUUGGCCUCUUGUCGUCGCACCUGGGAUACGAGCCCGUCGGCAGCCGCACAGGCGUGGCCGCCGGCAGCAAGGACGGCUACGAGAUGCUCAAGGUGUCGCGCGACGAGAUCCAGCACGACAGCCCGCGCAUCCCGUCGCCCGUCAAGAACAGCGGCGACCUGCAGGUCCUGGAGAACGCCAUCGGCAGCUGCAACACCGUCGCCAAGGUCGUCCUGUCGGCGCUCUCGACCGGCCUGGGCCUCGCCGGCGCCGGCCGCUUCGAGCACGCCCACCGCAACGAGCGGCCGUCCACCACGACGCUCUCCAUGAUGCACUACCUGCCGCUGGCCGACCUCGCCGGCCAGAACCGCCUGGGCCACCAGAAGCACACCGACAUCAGCACGCUGACCCUGCUCUUCACCGAGCAGUGGGGCCUCCAGGUGCGCCGCCCGGCGGCGCCUGCGGCACGCGCGAGAUGGGCUUUGUGGCGCCCCGGCGGCUGUGCGUUUGUGCACGUCGGCGACUCGCUGCGGUUUGCCAGCGGCCACCGGUUCCAGAGCUGCAUCCACCGCGUCGUGCCCUUUGACCCGGCGGAGCACCGCUACAGCGUCGCCUACUUUUUGCGCGCCGCGGACGACACGCUCUUUGUCGACUCCGAAGGCCGCGCCGUCACGGCCGCGCAGUGGCACGACGAGAAGUUCAAGGCCUUUACCGACCCGGAGCUGUGGCAGGCCAUGGCACCCAAGUCUAUGAUUCUCGGUGGCAUGAAGGAGGACGGCGAGGACAAGCCGCUGUCGGCGCCGGCUGCGGCGAUGGCCAAGGGAGCAUCUGUACCGGUGCAGGUGGAGGCAUAG